AUCCAAUCUUUUUGUAGAGUUGGUCACGUUCGUGCCGCUUUAUCGCCGGAGAUUGCCGACCAAAUUAACGCGUCAUGCCCAUAUCAUUUGAAGCGAUCACGCCAUAAAAUUCGACCCCCAAAAAGGUAUGUCUUUAGAAGUCACGUGGUUGUUUCGCUGAACAAGUUUUUCGCUGAAACUAGUUUUUUCUGCCCUCCGCAAAGAGCGAUGCGUCAUUAGUGGCAUUUCCCUGAUCUCACUCGAGUUAUCGGCUUGCAAGUCUUGACCUGUGUGCUUCAUGAGGUCGUUUUGCUUUAGUAUUUACAAUUUAUACGCGUAUCUAUCUCAACUAUAUUUAGCUGCUAAGUGAUACCCGAGGCAAACAACGAAUGUCACGGGAUCAAUUACGCGACGUUUGUUAUGAGCGGCCCUGUCCAAUUAUUUUAUAUAGAAGCAGAUACUCAGCACCAACCAAGACGUUUACUAAGAUUUAUCUCGGCAAAUCCAGUUAGAGAUUGUCUGAACUUAAUACGGACUCGUAGAAGUUAAAACGAGGGGAAUGCCACAAGGGAAAUAUCAGCCAAGUCAAGAGCUGAAAUAGCCUAAUGAGGCACUUUGGCAAUGUUAAAAAACCAAAUGUGUACCUACACUCUUAAGUGAAAUUAGAAAUAUUGCUUUAUAGUGUACAUUACACGGGAUUACGAACGCAAAAACACUUGUAUAUUGUGGGCGGGCAAGGAAAUAGCAUUUGUCUAAAGGGAAUGUGAGCAUCGUAUCCAAUCAAGCUGAUUCCUUUGAGAUCACUAAUGAGAAAAUGUGUAAAGAUAAAUAUCAGUACACGAUUCGCUGACAAAAACGGCGCUGUCUUCGGCAAGGUGGAAGUGCCGCAACAUCGUACGGUAUUUUGCGCGCGGCAUUUUAGCGAAUGUCGGCGCGAGUGUUGUUUGGUAAAGUUUGUAAAUCGCUAGUCAAAAGCAAGCACGUCUCACGUUUCGCAUCACCAAGACAACUGCUAUACCGUCUGAAAACCUUAGGGCUAGAGGUCGCGCGAAACUCGAUCGCCGGUUUCGAAGUUUUGAGAAGACAGAACCUGACGAGUUCGACGGGCUUGUAAUAGGAUGAGCGACUGAACCUCUUGUAGAUCCUCUUGAAAAGCCUGAGCCAGCCUUAAGACGAGUACUAUACGAAAACAAAUAAACCUACGUACGUACAGCAGCAAGCAGACGAAGACGAAGUGCGAGCUUACGGGCGACAGAACGACACGAACCAUGGAUAACGCAAAUAACACUACAACAGUUCCUGAUAAAAAUAGUACCUACGUUGCCACCCAAAAUGGCGGCAACCACAGCGCCCGAGUUGCAGUCUCUUUGAUGCUCAUGUUGUGUAUCAUCACCGGGAACCUGUUAGUGAUUUUGGCGUAUCGCAAGAACGCGCGCCUUCGAACGGGGACUUACACGUUUCUUGUGAGUUUGGCUAUCAGUGAUUUUCUAGUUGGCAGUGUCAGUUUACCUCUGUGGAUCUACGGCUCGUUUAUUGGGUUUCGAAAUAUGCCCCAAGAAGUGUACAUUUUUUACAUUUGCUUUGAUAUAUUCAGCGCGUUGGCAUCGACGUUCCACCUGACGGCUGUGAGUAUCGAGCGCUUCAUCGCCAUCUCGAGGCCGUUCGUGUACCAAACGUUAACGUGUCGUCCAUAUCUCAUCUCGAUCACGCUGGCUUGGAGUCUCGCCUUCUUGUUAGCCACCCUUCACCCGCGCAUUAUCGCCGCAAAUUCUGUGCGACUUCUGUAUUACCAAAUCCACGGAAUCACCGUGUUCUCUCUUGGCUACUUGAUGCCGCUUAUCAUAAUUUCCGCUGUGAACUUCGGUAUCUUUAACAUCGCUCGUACUAUUGUCAAGCGGCUACCUGCAAACCAUCGCGAAAGUUACGAAAAUAGCGUUAACAGUACUGCAGUUAACUUCAUCCAGCGGCGGAUUCCCAAAGAGCGUAAGACGGCCAUCACCCUUGUGGUCAUCACCGGGCUGUUCUUCCUCGCCUGGCUCCCCUUCUUUGUCGUGAGUAUGCUCAGCAUGUACUGUCUCCAGACCUGUUUCCCGCAAGACAACGAUACCGUCUAUAUGAUAGCAGAGUUCACAAAAUGGUGCCACUACAGUAACAGUGCUGCAAAUGCAGUAGUUUAUGCCUUCAGGGAUGUCGAAAUGCGACGAACAUUCAUGUCACUGUUGUGCCCGUGCAUAAAGCCUCGAGUCGAACCGACAUCAGUCGAUACAAACCAACUAAGGACUCGACACGACAGUUCUUACUCUCACUCCAACUAUAACCCACCGAAUAGUGAGAAGGCCCAAGAACAAGUAAACAAUAACGCCAAUAUUCUGACUGAAAGGCCUGAAGUCGAGGAAAACGUCUCAAAUAUAAUAACCAUGAACAACAUGACCCAGCGAUCUAAAAACAUUGAGGAGAAGUAACCACGCUUAACUAAAAAAUUCCUUGUUUUACGCAUUUUGAAUCGUGUUUAAGUCUUCUCGUAUUUCGCGGGCCCUGAACUAGAAAUUAAUGUUUAAUGUACCUUGCUUUCUCCUAAACUGUACUCCCCUAACGGCAAUGUAUGCUCAACCGAUUUUCUGUCAUUUCUAUGAUGGCAUGGUGACCCUGUUGAAAAGCUCCUUUAGCUGAACAAGCCCGAGUCAUGCUCCCGAAUAAGUCAAGUAAACAAGACUUAAUAUUCAAACAAGGAAACAAAGGCGCCUCAGAGACUGCCUUUUUGAAGUCUUAAAUAUUUGGGAAUUUUGUGAGCACUUUAAAUGACCUUUCCUUUUAUCUACCUUUUCGCCUACAUUCGCAAAGGAAGUAGUAUACGCGCAUACGGUGUUUUUAAAAACGUCAAGUACGUCAAGUAAGCUGAUUGUUAUUUGUUAUGAGGCUUUGUUUUGUACAGUAUAGAAAUAGAACCAAUAGAAAAAAAAAGAAAGAAAAAGUCCCAAUAAUCUGGUUUUAGCCACACGGUAAGGAAGUUUUGCUCGAGCCUCUGGUUUUGCAAUGUACAAAUUCGACAAAAAAAUAACUGUAGAGCGGGGCACUGAGCUAUGUAAAAA